ACUUUAGAACGGAGGAAGUAUAGAAAUAUCCACUGUUUAACGCAUAAAGUUUAGCAAAAAAAAUUCAAAUCUAUGCAUCAUCUGAAAAGUACAAACACGCAAUUAAUAUAGUGACAGUAGUCUUUGACUCGGACUGUUCCAUCUUCAGAUCCAUUGUCUUCAUUCUUCAACUCAGUUAGGUUCCUUCAACUCAAUUAUUGCACGUAAGGUAGCUGCAGUGUUAGAAAAAAUGAGCCUCGAAUAGAGGUCAUAGCUUAGCCAAUCUGGUGGUUCUUUUUCACCCCUUAGAGCAACAUGGGAGUUGCCAGUUUCUUUGUCUUCCUUUUUAUUGCUCUAAGUUGCUUCCAAUUGCUGACAGUUUCUGCAUCAAAAUUACCCCAAGAAGAAGUUGAUGCCCUUAGAGAAAUUGCGAGUGCGAUGGGAUCGGCAUAUUGGAAAUUUGAUGCUGAUUCCUGCAUUAUUGAAAUGGUUGGACUAACGCAAGAACCACCAACUGAAUCAGAGAGGAACAUUGGUUGUGACUGCAGUUUUGAAGACAGUACUGUCUGUCAUGUUGUGACGAUGACUCUCAAGCGGCUUAGUCUACCUGGCACACUCCCACCUCAACUGGCCAAACUACCUUUUCUCCGAGAUGUAGAUUUUGCUUACAAUUGCUUCACCGGUUCAAUUCCAGAGGAAUGGGCUUCAAUGAAAUUAGCUUCGAUUUCUCUUCUUGUGAAUCGCUUAUCUGGGGAAAUUCCAAAGCAUCUAGGAAAUUUUACAACUCUUACAUAUCUAAUGCUUGAAGCAAACCAAUUUUCUGGUGCUGUUCCACCUGAGCUUGGGAAACUAAUCAACUUGCAGACCUUGGUUCUGUCAUCCAAUCAAUUGACUGGGAACUUACCACUUACACUUGCUGGGCUACAAAAUUUGACAGACUUUAGAAUAAAUGAUAACAAUUUUAAUGGAACAGUACCCAGUUUCAUCCAGAGCUGGCAACAUCUCCAGAGACUAGAAAUGCAUGCGAGUGGACUAGAGGGACCCUUCCCAUCAAAUAUCUCUCUCUUGAAGAACUUAGUUAUGCUAAGAAUCAGUGAUAUAGAAAGUCCUGCGCAGGUUUUUCCUCAUCUGGAAAACAUGGCAAACUUGACUAUAUUGAUUCUAAGGAGCUGUAACUUAUCUGGUGUUAUACCUUCAUACAUCUGGACAAUGAAGAAUUUGGUGACUUUGGAUGUCAGUUUUAACAGGCUCGUUGGGGGAAUUUCAUCAAUUAUAAGUGCAAGGCGUCUAAGAUUUAUUUACCUAACAGGUAAUAUGCUUAGUGGCAAUAUACCGAAUUCAGUCCUGAAGGAUGGAAGUAGCAUUGAUCUAUCAUACAACAACUUCACUUGGCAAGACUACGAGCAACCUGCAUGUCAGGAUGGCAUGAACUUGAAUCUGAAUUUGUUCAGAACCUCGAUUCUGAAGAAUAAGUUAGAGGAGUAUGUUCCUUGCUCCAAGAAUUUCAGCUGUUCACGGUUUUCAAGUUGUUUACAUAUUAACUGUGGUGGGAAGGAUGUAAGGGUAAAAGAUGAUAGAGGAGAAAAGCUUUAUGCCGGAGAAGGAGAUGUUCAGGGUGGCACUGCAACUUAUUUCUAUAGUGAUGAUGAUCACUGGGGAUUUAGUAGCACUGGGGACUUCAUGGAUGAUUUUGAGUCCCAGAACGUACGUUACAUUGUAUCUCUUCCAUCUUCAAAUCUGCCAGAAUUAUAUAAAACGGCGCGUGUAUCUCCAAUUACACUUACUUAUUUCCACAACUGCAUGCAAAAUGGGAACUAUACUGUAAACCUUCACUUUGCUGAGAUACAAUUUACAAAUGAUAGAACAUAUAAAAGUCUUGGGAAGCGCAUAUUUGAUAUCUAUGUUCAGGGAAGAAUCACUCGCAAAAAUUUUAAUAUAGAGAAUGAAACAAAUGUUACUGAAAAACCACUGGUACUGCCCAUACACAAUAUCAGCAUCACAAAUAAUAUCUUGGAGAUUAGAUUCUACUGGGCUGGAAAAGGAACGACUAGAAUUCCUGAUGUUGGAGUUUAUGGCCCCCUUGUAUCAGCUAUAUCUGUGGUUUCAGAUUCUAGAACUUGCUCAAAUGGAGAAAAGAAAGUUGCUGUUUCGAUAAUCAUUGCCAUUGUAGUCGGUGCUGUAUGCUUAGUGCUAUUUAUGUCUGGACUCAUUUGGUGGAAGUGGAAAGGUUUUUUCAGAGGGAAACCGCGAAAGAAAGAAGAUGCAAAAGAUGGAGAUAUUCAGGCAGGUAAUUUUAGCUUGGAGCAUAUCAGAGCUGCCACCAAUGACUUCUCUUCUGCUAAUAAGAUAGGAGAAGGCGGUUUUGGUCCCGUAUACAAGGGUCAAUUGGUAGAUGGUACUUUUAUAGCGGUCAAGCAAUUGUCAUCAAAAUCACGGCAGGGAAAUCGGGAAUUCAUAAAUGAAAUAGGGUUGAUAUCUUGUGUGCAGCACCCCAACCUCGUAAAGCUUCAUGGAUACUGUGCUGAAGGGGAACAACUUUUGCUGGUAUAUGAGUACAUGGAAUAUAACAGCCUGGCCCGUGCUUUAUUUGGUAGUGAGAACCAACGGCUUAAAUUGGAUUGGCCCACAAGGUUUAGGAUUUGCAUUGGCAUAGCGAAAGGUCUAGCAUUUCUCCAUGAUGAGUCAAGAUUCAAGAUAGUGCACAGAGAUAUCAAGGCUUCUAAUGUGUUACUCGAUGGGGAUUUGAAUCCAAAAAUAUCUGACUUUGGCUUGGCUAGGCUUGAUGAAACAGAGAAAACCCAUAUCAGCACCCGAGUUGCUGGGACUAUAGGAUAUAUGGCACCAGAAUAUGCAUUAUGGGGCCAUCUUAGUUACAAGGCCGAUGUUUACAGUUUUGGAGUUGUAGCAUUAGAAAUUGUUAGUGGGAAAAGCAAUAACAAUUAUUUACCAGACGAUGGAAGUGCUUGUCUUCUUGAUUGGGCAUGUCAGUUAAAUCAAGCUAAGAAAUUAGUGGGGCUUGUUGAUGAAAGGUUGGGGCCAGACCUUAAUGAAACGGAAUUAGAAAAGGUGGUCAGAAUUGCUCUCCUGUGCACAAAUGCUUCUGUAUCUCUUAGGCCUACGAUGUCUGAGGUGGUGAAUAUGUUUGAAGGAGAAUUAGAUAUUCCUGAUGCAAUUCCAGAACCAAGUACCUACAGUGAGGAUUUAAGGUUCAAAGCCUUAAGGGACCUCCAUCAACAUCGAUCAAAGCAGAGUUUGAGUGGUAAUUCAUCGUCUCAUAUAUUCAGCUCAGCAUCUGGUGGUAAUACUCACACUAGCAGUAAUAUUGAGGAUCAUUGUUCAGCUGACAAUAGUUAGCUACCCCUGUCAACCACUUGGAUACGCACUUACCAAUUAGCAGUGGUUGCUCCAGAUGUUUAGGCCUUGAAAUUUUUUAUCAUCAACAGCCAGAUUAAGCAAGAAUGCUCCUCGCACAUGCAUAUAACCUUCCAUUUCCACUCACUGGAGUAGUUCUGUGCUUUCUGCAGAAGUCUCUCCAAAAGAGUACGAGAAUAUUUUUCUGUGUCACCUUUAUUUUGUUUUUAUUUUAUUUUAUUUUUUGUAUUUUAGUAGUGUACAAAUAGUUACUUCUAAGAGUUAAAAACUUUUUAUGAUGUUUAAUCUAUAUUUUUUCUUUAGCCAUUUUGACUUAUGUAAAUACUUUUGGUUUCUCCCGUGGUAUAUAGUUUUCUGCUUGGAGUCUCUCCCUAG